CCAUGAUAUGUGUUUCUCAUAGGUGAGAUUGAAAAUGAUGUUCCUCGGGUGUGUUCUGGUUCUUGUGAACCUGGUCUCAGUGGCUACAGGCAGCAGUGCAGGAGUUAAAGUCACACUGACUCAGAAGGGGCUUGAGUACGGUCGACAGUUGGGAAUUGACGCAAUCCAGCAGAAACUCGGAACUAUUAAACUAUCGGACAUAAGUGGAUCAGCAAAUGUGGUUGUUGGAAAUGUCGAAUACAGUUUAACGGGGAUGCAGAUUGGAAAAAUUGGACUUGGCAAUUCAGCAGUGGGGUUAGUUCCUGGCACUGGAGUCAAGCUUUCAGUUGCCAAUGGCUUCAUCAAUAUGCGUGGAAAUUGGGAAGUCAAAUACUUCUGGUUCAUAAAACUCAGUGGAUCAUUUGAACUCAGUGUGAGUGAACUGGCCAUUAGCACCAAUAUUGCAGUCAAGAGCGACGUCACUGGCCGCCCAACAAUCAGCAUUAUUAACUGUGCAGCAUCUGUGGGAAGUGUCAGCGUCAGAUUUGAUGGAGGGCCCAGCUGGUUGUUUAACCUCUUCGCUUGCUUCAUUAAUACACCUGUACGCAAUAUUCUGCAGGAAAAGAUUUGCCCUUUGGUGGCUGAUUCCAUUCCUGACAUGAACCGCCACUUGAAUACAUUAAAUGUUUUAGCAAAAGUAGAUGAAAAUGCUGAAAUUGAAUACUCCAUGGUGGGCUCUCCUGUCAUUUCUAAUACUAUGAUUGAAUUUGGUUUAAAGGGUGAAUUCUACAACAUUGGACAACACAAGGAACCCCCGUUUUCCCCAACACCUUUCUCAUUGGCGUCUCAGGCCACUAAUAUGCUGUACCUUGGAGUUUCUGCCUUCUCCAUCAACUCAGCAGGCUUUGUGUAUCACAGAGCUGGUUUCCUCCGCCAAUACAUCACUGAUGACAUGAUUCCCUCUCGUUCUCUGUUUCGUCUGAACACAAAGACAUUUGGAACAUUCAUUCCUCAAAUUGAGCAAAUGUAUCCUGGUCUGAUGAUGAAGCUGUUGUUUGAGACAGUGAAGGAGCCCAACGUUACAUUACAACCGAACAACAUGACUGUUCAGGCCAGCGGUAGAGUGACAGCUUACGCUAUUCAGCCCAACAGCGCACUGUCGCCUGUCUUUGUCCUCAAUCUGGAGGCCAGUGUCAGUGCUAACAUGUAUGUGACUGAGCUCAAACUUGCCGGAAAUGUGAUCCUAAACAAAUUUGAUAUGAGCUUAGAAACAAGCAAUGUGGGACAAUUCGAGGUGACAUCUCUUAGCAAUAUUUUCACAAAUAUCCUGAACUUUGCUGUCAUUCCCAAGAUUAAUGCUCAUUUACAGGGUGGUUUUCCACUCCCUGCAAUUGGUAAAAUGAAGCUUAUGAACACUCAACUCCAGGUUUUAAAGGACUACUUGUUGAUUGGAACUGAUGUUCAAAUUAUAUGAUAUUGAGGUCUCAACACUGCUAUUUGUCUCAGAAACCUGCUAUAGAGAAAAGAAUGUUUAUUCCUUUGAUUUAGACUAAAGAACAUAAUUACUCAUCUGUUUAUUGACAUCUGCACUCUUUUUAAUAAAAUACCUGUCUGCUUUACCACAAUCUCUGUCUCCAAGUCUG